AUGUGGUUUCUACGCAGUAAAGUGUUCGGAGGAUCAGGAGAUCAGGAAAGGGACCGUGACGACGAAGAUGCACCGAGACGAAUUAUGGAUGCAUUGAGUUAUAGAAGACCAGUAAGUGAUAACCUUCAUCGGGUACACCUAGUUCAUUUGUGCUUUUCCAUGAAAUGUGGUUAUCAUGUCAUUGAAAAAAGGACACAAACUCUUCCAUCUUUUUUAUCUCGUUUCUCUAAUUCUUCAAGAAAAUAUGUAGUGUUGAGAGAAUAG